CUGAAAGAAAAAGCCUGGGGAGAGGGUGAGAGAAAAGGGGAGAGAACAGUGUAGGAAAUUGGAAGUCUGGAUUAGACAGAGUUCAGACUGAAAUUCUCUAGUGGCCGCAUGGUUUCAGAAUUUAAAUGGAUUUUGGAAAAAACACACCACAGCAGCCCGGAGGCCUAAAACAGCGUUUCGUCAGUGCCCUGCUGUACUGCACUGGAGAAAUGCAGCAAUUACAUACCCACAUGCAGGAUAAAUUCUUCCCGCUGCAGCUGGUUGAGUGGGUUUUGCGUGGGAUCUCAUGUGUGAUUCUACUAAACAACCCCCUGAGUGGAGCUCUGAUUUUGGCAGCGCUGCUGCUGGAGAGCCCCUGGCAGGCUCUGCUGGGCAUGCUUGGCCUUUUGGCCUCCACCUUCACAGCUAUAAUCCUGGGACAGGACCGUGAGGAGGUAUCCAGUGGCCUUCAUGGUUUUAAUGGGAUGCUGGUGGCUCUGCUAAUGGGAGUGUUCAGUUCGGCUGGAGACUGGUACUGGUGGCUUCUGCUGCCUGUGUGUCUCGGUGGAGCUGCAACGACUUUUCUUUCCAGCAGUUUGGCUCCAGUUCUGGAUCGCUGGGAUUUACCAGUGAGCGUCUUCCCCUUUAACACAGUCAUCCUGCUGUAUCUGGCCUGUACUGGCACUUCUAACCCCUAUUUUCCAAACCAUCCUGCCCAGCCACCAGGGGCGCUAGAAAACACCAACCACUCUCAACUCCAUGUUCCACAGCUCCUGCAGGGGGUGGUGUUGGGCGUAGGGCAAAUCUUUGCAUGUGGGACUGUAGGCCCGUCUCUGCUCAUCCUGGGUGCUGUUUUCCUCUUCUCACCCAUCCUGGCAGUCUAUGCCCUCCUGGGCUCUGGCAUUAGCACUAUGGCAGGUCUGUCUAUGUCAGUGCAGCACAGCUUUCUGUACUCUGGUCUCUCAGGGUUUAAUGGUGCUCUGGGUUGCAUGGUUGUAGGAGUGUUUUACAUACUAAACUGGAGAACACAUCUCUUAUCUAUUGCAAAUGCCUUGCUUUCAGCUUACACAGACAUCGCCUUGAGCAACCUGCUAGGAGUUUUGGGUCUCCCAGCAAGCAGUUGGGCUGCAACUCUGACAGGAACUUUGAUGCUGUUGCUGACAGGAAAAAACCUCAAAGAAUACAGAAUUCCUACUGGAAAAGUAGCCUCACCAGAACAGAACUUGCACUCACACAAGCAAUGGUCUGCGGCCAAUACGAAUGCCACUGAUGUAUAGUGUUUACAUAAAUACACAAAUAUCCAACUGUGACAGCACAUGACAUUUGUAAAGAAAUGACUUUUUUUCAGCAAGGGUGCAUUAAAUGGAUCAAAAGUGAAAGAGUAAAAUAUUUUUUAGAAUGUUACAAAAUAUUUAUAUUUCAAAUAAAUGCUCAUCAAAGAAUCAUGAAAACCAACUUCCACAAAAAUAUUAACUGUUCUCAACAUUGAUAAUACACAAGUUUCUUAAGCACCAAAUCAGCCUUUACAAUGAUUUCUGAAGGACCAUGUGACAUUAAAGUCUGCAGUACUGGAUUGAAAAUUCUACUGAUAGCAAAAUUUAUAAUUUGUAUUUUUAAUACAUUAAAAUAGAAAAAAUAUAUAUAAUUGAAUUAAUAUUUAACAAUACUCUUGGUUUUUAUCAAACAAAUGCAGCCAAAACAUAAAAAAAAAAACUUACCCACCACAGACU